AUGUUAGACAAUUAUAACACGUCUUUAUGCAAGAUAAACAAUGGUGCAUUUAAAAAACCUAAACAACCAACAAUUAAUCUCGUUCAAAACUCCAUGCAUUGUGAAUCUCAACAUCCAAAUGUCUGUACUGGACGAUUACAAUUUCCAACGUCAGCAGCACGUCGACGACAUCGAACAACAUUUUCACAAGAACAAUUAAUUGAAUUAGAAGCAGCAUUUGCUAAAAGUCAUUAUCCUGAUAUCUAUUGUCGAGAAGAAUUGGCCAGAGUGACAAAAUUGAAUGAAGCCAGGAUUCAGGUUUGGUUUCAAAAUCGUCGUGCUAAACAUCGUAAGCAAGAAAAGCAAGCGCAUACACCAUUUACACGAGAACUAUCAUCAAAUUCAAUGAAAAAUUUUACAAAUUCUUUUAAUGAUGUAUUCAAUAUGAGCAAUGGACGAUCAUCACAGUUAACUGGCACAUCAUAUGUACCAUUUGUAACACCUGGUGUCGUUAUAUCUGAUCCUCAUCUACGUCAUGACAAUCCAAAUUUGACAGUUGACGAGCAUUGGUAUAACAAAAAUAUGCGUAUGGACAAUUUUUCUUCCGUGAUGAUGCAUCACUAUAAUAACAACAACAACGUAUAG